ACGAUCGAACAUCGACCCAGAAACCCAGAAGCAAGGACGGAGCACAGAGGAGGGCGUUCCAUCGCAGGGUGGCGGAAUUCUCCCUGGCGACCGAGGAUGGCGAUGGCUUUGAGGAGGGCUGCUAUCUCAUUGGGCGGCAGUGGUUCGCCGAUUGCGCCAUCCGCUUCGUUCGUUCCCGUGCUCUCGAGAUUCUUCUCCGGACCGCCUCCGUACGCCGUGAAGGUGGGAAUACCAGAGUUCUUGCGAGGGAUUGGCGGAGGGGUCGAAGCCCAUGUCGCGAAGCUUGAGUCAGAGAUUGGUGAUUUGAACAAGUUACUUGUCUCCCGCACACUCAAGCUCAAGAAGCUCGGCAUUCCUUGCAAACACAGGAAGUUGAUAUUGAAGUACGUCCACAAAUAUAGGGUCGGACUGUGGAGACCUCGAGCUGAGCCUGUCAAAUCUUGAGGACAGCAUUCCUGGUGAAAGUAUCAAAUAUACAUUACUACGCUUUAGUGUGCACCUGCAGAAAUCCUUCUGUGCUUGCACUUGGUAGUAACGUGAAAAUGCCGUAAACGGGUUUUACUGGUUCAGAAAAAUUUCAUCCCCUUGUACUGCCUUUUGCUGAGAAAAUACCAUUUCUAACUCUCUUUGCCCACACUCAGUGAUAAUUUUCAAAAAGUACAGAUAUGGCCCCUG